AUGACAUGCAAUCUUACCGUCUGCAAUACUGGAAAUCAUCCCACCUUCACCUCCACUACAGUCGACACCAUCCACGAAUCCAUAGUGGACAUCACGCUGGCCUCAGGACGAGCUGCAGAUAGGAUAGCGGACUGGAAAGUCAAUCCCGACAUCUGUCCGGCAUCGGAUCACCACGGCAUCGAAUUCUACUACUACAUCAAAAAACGAAUCCUGAAAAAACAAGCCAAACUUACCACAUUCAAGUACGCCACCUCUGGAACAUGCUGGAACGAAUUUAAAGAAAAACUUACCGAUCAUCUCCCCCUGGAAAUAAAAGACCACAAUAGAAUCUCUAACAUGAACUCUACAGAACUAGAUAACUACAUACACAGUCUAACUAAUAGUAUACAAACCUUCUGCGACGAUCAGCUUCCCUGCUCCCGGCCCCGCGAAGCCCGAUGCCCGUGGUGGAACGAUGACCUGGAACAAAGUAAAGCAAAGGUUAUUAAACAACAUCAUAAACUCAGUAGGUUAAAAAGACAGGGUAGACCGCUGGAUGAAGCAAUAGCCUUAAAAAACUCCCUUCGAUUGGAAUACUCAAAGUUGUUCAGUGAGUAUUCCAACAAGCACUUCCGCGAAUUCUGCAAUAGACAGGGAAAAGAGGAUGUAUGGGCUGUCACUAAUAGAAUCAUCAAAACCGCACCUGCACCGCAACCUCCAACUACAAUACAAAAACCCGAUGGGACCUUCACCCAAACCCCAAUUGAAACAGCCGAAGCCAUUCUCCACAAAUUUUUCCCUGAUGACACGCCGGACACUAGGCAGGCCCACCUGGAACAUAGAAUACAAUCAAAUCUACCCCCUCCCAAUACCCCUAAUGAACCCCCUUCACCAUAG